UAUCAGUCCAGCAGUUUCCUUAAAGCUGAAACAGAGCUUCCAAGACUUCAAUGAGGCAACUUAUCAAUGAUGAUAAGAAACCAAGUGGAACAAUUGUUGUCCACAGUCCAGGACUGUGAAAAUGGAAUCUCUAUGGACCUCUUCCUGCACCUUUCACUACUACCAGCAAUGAUGAUAACAGGGGUGCUCUCAUUCCUCCACAAGAGAGCCAAGAGACUGGCCAUCGACCACAGGCUGCCCUUCCUGUGCGGACGUUUUGCCAUUGUGGUGCCUUUGGAUACUAUAGGCAGCCUCAGUAAUCGAUGGUCCUAUGGGUUUGCAUUUGGUGCCGUGUCCUCCAGCGUCUUGCUGCUCUUCUCUGAACGUUACAUCCCCUUCACUUACCCGCCCUGGGCCAGAGCUAUAGUGUAUCUGGUUGGAGCAUUAGAGGUGGGCCUGGUCUAUUUCCCUUUCUUUGCCUGUCUGUCCACACCUUUCAGAGUGGCUGGGGCAGUGCUGGGCAUACUCUACUCUCUCUCCUGGAUCAUAGUUACAGUCUGGAAUACGUUCACCUGUCCCAGUGGCGAGAUUCUGGGUAAAUACCAAAAGGUGAUUACCCAGUGGCCCAGCAUCCUCUCCCUCUUCUUCCUCUUGGGACGAUUUGUCAGCAUCCUGGUUAAAGCUAUUCGAAUACAUCUGCAACUGGAACAGGAGGACCCUGUAGAGCUCAUUGAGCAACACCAGAUGCUGCACGUUAAGAGACUGCUGAGGAAAAUACCUGCACCCAGCAAGCCCCUCAGCUGGUUCCAGAGCAGAGUGUAUGAGUGGGACCCCUACUUCAAGUUCCCCAACAGGAUCAUCGGCACUGCCAUAAUAUCCCUUAUAGGCCUAUAUAUUAUGACCCUGACAGACUACAGUCUCAGCGAUGUGGCUUUUGACGGAGUAGACAGGUGGAAGAACAUACUAAAACAGCUGGUUACUUCUUGUAACCAGACAGAAGCUCUGGGAGCCAUGAUACCACCGCUGGAAGAGUUCAUUGUCGUGGCUAGGAAGUCUUGGUUAGCUACGACCAUCUUUGCAAGUCUCAACUCUGUAGCCUACACCUUCCAUGUCUUGGCAUGUUACAGAAAACACCUGAAGAGACUGUGGAAAGGGCAGAAGGGUUUUCUUCCUGAGAAGUUUCACAACCCUAGCUCCGCUGUCAGCGUCGCUUCCAUUGCAAGAUACUCUGGUUGGCAAAUAGCGUUUACACUGUGGGGCUACCUCAUUGUCCAUUUUGUCCACUUCCUGUUUGCUCUGUUGUUUGUCUAUUUGCUGGUUCUUCCUAUACAGUACGGACAAGUACUGAACAUGCUCACCAACCUGGGAAUUAUAAUUCUGACCAUCGGUCUGGUUGUCGCCCUGGUGAUCUUCCAGAUAGUUCUGGUUCAGAUCUUCUUCCUUCAGGACAAAAUAUCUCCUACUGAUAAACACAAACCUCUGGCUCUCAACAACAGGAAGGCGUUCCACUGCUUCAACUACUUCUUCUUUUUCUACAACGUGGUGAUGGGGGUAGGCAACUGCAUACUGAGGUUGCUGUGCAGCAUAGUGGUGGGAACAUGGCUGGUGUCCCGCAUUGACCGGACCAUUAUGCAGAGAGGAUAUGAAAACAUGGAUGCUGGCUACAGUACUUGGGUUGGGAUGAUCUUUGCUGACCACUAUCAUAACAAUCCAGUCAUGGUGUCGUUCUGCCAGCUGCUGGUCUCCAACACGCUGGAGAGACACACAGCGUCUGCAUACUCCACAUUCAGCAACACGCCAACUGCAUCCCCUUUAAAUAGCCGGGCCAGGAUGCGCUGGAUGUUGUUUUAUACCUUACUGAGGAACCCUCAUCUGAUCCUGCUCAGAAAGCACCACCUCUCCUCAUCUUCAUCAUUAUGGACACCAUCAUCUCCCCAGUCAGACGGAGUGUUGCAGGCUUGGGUCAUGGCUUCUCAAACACAGAGUGGCAAAGCUGUGUCACAGUCAUCACCAGAGAUCAUCGUCACACCAGCAGAACACUGUUAAAAAAACAUAUCCAUAUAUUCUGAUCAUGUAAAAACAUUAUGAGUUGGAAUGCAAAAUUGUGUGUCGUUGAGUGGUGGGCCUCCAUGUUGAAGAAGUAUAAUGGUGUUUUCAAUUAGUCUUUUUCAAAGGCUGUCAUUGGAAAAAGGAAAAGUCUACUACUAACAUCUGACUGACUAUAAUCUAGUUGAUGUGAUCAAUUAUUAGGUCACCAGAGGGAGCGUCCAUCUUUAGUAAUUUACUAUUGUGGGAUUUGACUUGAAGAAACUGUGAGAAUCUGUACCACAAGCGUUGGUACCACAGAUUCAUUGUAUGGAAUUUAAUGUGUUUCACAAAUAUGUUGUUGUCUGUAAUACAUACAAUUUUAUUUAGUCUUGUCAACUUCAUGCUCUCCCUGUCACAGAAUGGCCAGAUCCAAUCAUUUAAGUACAUUUUUAACUGCUGUACAGUAUACAGACACAGUUAUGGUUAACCGUGAACCUAUAGUAACAACCUCUGUAGCAUAUUCUGCUAAAAUGGUGCAAUAGAGCUGGCCAUUUUUCUUUCUAAUAAUGUUUAUUUUAUUAAAAUCAUGUAAGCUACCCUACAUUGCUAA